UUAUAUAAAAAAGAAGAAGAAGAAGGUUAGGGCUCUCUCUCUCUCUUGCUCUCAGAUCCCAUCGUAAAAGAAUAAGCUUUUUGGUUCUUAAGCUUUUUGGUUCUUCCUCGUCUCCCUCUGGCUUCGUCUUUUGAGUCUUUCGAUUUUGAAGGUACGGAUAGGUUAGUAUGAAAACGUUUUCUAGAGAUUUGAUAAGUAGUUUGCCAGAUGAGCUUCUUGGCAAAAUCCUGUCUUUGGUUCCGACAAAAGAGGCUGCUUCUACAUCGAUCCUGUCCAAGAGGUGGAAGAAUCUGCUGUGUCUUGUAGACAGCCUUUGUUUUGAUGAUUCGAUGUUUAUGUAUCCCACCAAGGAAGGAGUCGCAUCAUGUGGUGCAGCACAUCGCUUCUUAGAUUUCGUGGACAAGACUUCUGCUCUGUUAAACAAUUCUCCUAUCAUCAAAAAAUUAUCUCUGUCUCGCGGACAUGUAUAUGGCAGUCGCUGUCACGCAGCAGCGUGUACGCAUGAUCAUGUGAAACUUUGUUUGGACCGUUGCAUUUGGACUGCUAUGGAGCGGGGUUUAUUGGAACUACACUUGCACGCUGACACUUGUUGUGGUAUUCAUAUAAUGCAAGAGUUGUUUACGUGCAAGACAUUGGUUACGCUCACACUAUCCGGUAACCAUCUUAUUCACGUCCUUGAGCGUGUUUUUCUUCCAGCGCUCAAAUCACUUUCUAUGUUAUCAUUUUCAGCCAUUGAUCAUCCGGACUAUUGUCGGCUCAUAGAUGGCUGCCCUGUGCUGGAAGACUUGUUCAUAAGUGAUGCUGAUCCUUUGAAACCGUCAUAUUGUGGUGAGCACGUGGAAAGCGAAACUAUCAAGCGGCUUGUGGUUUUUGUCAAUCUUCCAAAAGGUUAUCACCCCGAAGGAACUUAUUUGAGAGCACCCAAUCUUGUGCAACUGGACUAUUCUUGUUAUGUAUCCGAGAAUCAUUGGUUUGAUGAUUUGGAUUCGCUUGUCCAAGUCUGGCUGGAUCUCAGGUUAUGGGAGUCAACUUAUGAUUAUGAUUACGAUGAUGAGGAUGAUGAUGAGGCUGCUGCUGCUGCUGAUGAUGAUGAUGAUUCCUUUAAUGAUAAACAUAAGGUAGCUAUAAUUGGUGAUGUUUCACACCUAGUUGCGGGUAUACGCAAUAUUACAACCCUUCACUUGUCUCCUGAUUCUCUUGAGGCUUUUCAUUUCUGCUGUGAAUCCAUGCCAAUGUUCAACAACCUCCUUAAUUUAUCGAUCGAGAGUGACAAGGAAAAAGGUUGGCAAGUAAUGCCACUUCUGCUCAAUAGUUGUCCAAAUCUACACACUUUAGUCAUCAAGGGUCUUGUGCACAGAAUAACAAAUAGAUGCGGAGAUGCAUGUGCUUGCAUCCCUAAGAAGCAGAGGAAGAUUUUGGAGGAGGAGAAGACAAUAAGUUGUUUAUGGACAUGUCAAGUGAAGGUGCUAGAGAUUUUAGAGUAUGGAGGUUCUUUUGAAGAGCUGAACCAGAUGAUGCAUUUCUUAGGUAAGUUGGAAUGUCUUGAAACUGUUAAAGUUGGUGUUAACUCGGACAAAGACGACCAGAUUGAGUUCUUGCGAGCUAAUCUACUGACUCUCCCCAAAGCUUCAUCAAAGUGUGACAUCCAAUUCAGCUGAGAGCUUUUUCUUUCUCGGCUAUAUAUGCCAAUAUUUAGAUGCAACUUAAAUCGUGUAUGGUUAUUAUCAUUUAAAUAUCAUUGAAGUUGGUUACAA